UUGUUGGCAAAUUGAAAGUAGAACCGCAUUAAAAUACAUGAGGAAGUGCUGCCUCACUUGAACCGCUGUAGAUUUCUUUCUUGCUCACAGGGAAGUGAAACGUCUGCAUGGCCGCAGAGCGAGAGGAAGAGAGGGAGAGAGACGCUGCUGGUCAUUAGAGCAGCUGCUUCCCCCAUGAGAACGGGCUGCUGGGGUUCACUGCCGACGAACGCAGAGUCCCGGGCAGAGGCGGCAUCCGUCCAGAGAUGGGUUUCGGCGAGGAUCUCCGGUGUCCACAGGCGCACGCAGCCGUCAUGAGGCUGUUGGAUUCUGAGCUUCACCUGAUGGAGGUCAUGAAGAAGUGGAUGGGUCAGCGGGCGAAGAGCGAGCGCGAGUUUUCAGUGCAGCUCCACCAAAUGACGGCGAUGGCCGAGAAGAUGGACCGGCCUCAGAUCAGCUCGGGGCUGGAUUACAUAAGUCAGCUGAACAAGUCGUGGGGAGUGUUGGUCUCGCAGACGGAGUCCCUCAGUCAGGUGAUGAGGCGGCACUCUGAGGAUCUCCUGGAUGGGCCUAUCAGCAAGCUGACUCUUCUCAUCAGAGACAAACAACAGCUCCGCAAAACCUACGCCGAGCACUGGAACCUCCUGAGGAACGAGCUCAACAAGGUGACGCACACAGAGCUGGAGAGGUUGAAGAGCAGCUACAGGCAGGCGGUUAAAGACGCCACUCAAGCAAGGAGGAAGUACCAGGACACGAGCAAAGAUAAGGAGCGAGACAAGAACAGGGAGCGUUACAUAAAGGCUUCCAUUAAACUGCACGAGCUCCAUAACGAGUACGUGCUGUCCGUGCACGCAGCUCAGGUUUACCAUCAGCAUCACUACAGCCAGAUGCAGCCGGCUCUGCUCAGCGCGCUGCAGACCCUGCAGCAGGAGAUGGUGCUCAUCCUGAAGGAGAUCCUGCAGGAAUACUUUGACAUCUCCACCGUCCUCCACCAUGAAGUGGUGAAGCUCCACAGGGAGAUGUCCUCCGCCAUCACGUCCAUCAACCCUAACACAGAAUAUGAGAGCUUCAUCCAGCAGAACCGGUCUGUGGGGGAGAUUCCUGUUUGUGCAGAUUUUGACUGCAGCCUCCUGGAGGACACUGAGCAGCUGAAGCCCAAAGAGAUCGAGCUGAAUGACCUCACUCUAGAGACGAUCCAGCACAAGCUGACAGCAGUCGAGGAGGAAUUGCUGGACCUGGCUCGGUCUCUGGGCUCUCAGCAGACGUCUGUGGAGCAGCUGGAGCUGGAGCUGGAAAAGGAGCAGGAGGGAGAUAAAAAAGGCCAAAGGGUCUAUCAGUUCAGCAAGAGGCAUGCGAUGGAGGAGUGCAGACAGCAGGUUGCUCUGUCUCAGGGUAUAAAAGCCAAACUGGACGUUCAGAGGCUUCUUCUGAAGGAGAAACUGGACCAUCUGGGCUCCAGAGAACCGCCGCACGCCCUGAGGCUGGACGCAGACUCCUUUUCCCUUUUAUCCACUACAAGCACAGACAACGCUCACAUUCCUGGUAAAAUCCUUGUGGAUGGGAUCCUAAAAAAUCUGAGCAGCCUGUUUAAACCCAAAUCUGAGGUUGACCCAGUCCUCUCCACCGGGCAGGAAGUGGAACGUCCCCUGAGCCAGCAAGACUGGUACCACGGAGCCAUUCCCCGGCUGGAAGUCCUGCAGCUGCUCCAGAACGAUGGAGACUUUCUGGUGAGAAAGAGUCAGGAAAAACAGGUUCACGUCAUCUCUGUGCAAUGGGAAGGAUCGUGCAAGCACUUCCUCAUUCAGUACACGGAUAGUCUGUACCGUCUGGAUGGAGAAGGCUUCCCCAGCAUUCCUAAGCUUAUCCAUCAUCUGCAGUCGUCAAACCAACCCGUCACCAAAAAGUCGGAGGCUAUCCUCAGGAAACCCAUAUUGAAAGAUAAAUGGGUGCUGGAACAUGACGACAUUAUCUUGGGACCCCUCAUUGGAAAGGGCAACUUUGGAGAGGUGUACAGCGGCCGUUUACGCUCUGACAACACUCCUGUAGCGGUGAAAUCCUGCAAAGAGAACCUGGCUCCAGAGCAUAAGAGCAAAUUCCUGAUGGAGGCCAGGAUCCUGAAGCAGUAUAACCAUCCGAACAUUGUGAAACUGAUCGGCGUCUGCACGCAGAAACAGCCCAUCUACAUCAUCAUGGAGCUCAUUUCAGGUGGGGAUUUUCUCACCUUCCUGCGGAGCGAGGGUCACAGGUUGACGGCAAAGCUGCUGGUCAAAAUGACGGAAAAUGUAGCAGCAGGAAUGGAGUACCUGGAGAGUAAGAAGUGCAUUCACAGGGACCUUGCAGCAAGAAAUUGCCUGGUUGCAGAACACAACGUGGUGAAGAUCAGUGACUUCGGGAUGUCCCGCGAGCGAGAUGACGGCGUCUACUCUGCAGAGGGGGGCCUCAGACAGAUCCCCGUGAAAUGGACCGCUCCAGAAGCCCUGAACUAUGGUCGUUAUACUACCCAGAGUGAUGUGUGGAGCUUUGGGGUCUUACUGUGGGAGACCUUCUCCAUGGGGAUGACUCCCUACACGAGCAUGAAUAACCAGCAGACGCGGGACGAGGUGGAGAAAGGAUACCGUAUGCCUGCUCCCCACGGCUGCCCCGUGGAGAUCUCCAGGGUCAUGAACAACUGCUGGCAGUACGACCCCAAAAACAGACCGACGUUCAGGAAAAUCCGGGCUGAGCUCAGUGCUAUACACAGCAAAAUCGCAUGAUACGAUCCUCCCCGUUAGACUUUUUUAUCCUUUCAUCUUAUUAGUAAUCUGUAUACUUGUUUUAUAUAUUUAGUUCCCUUCUGGUGAAACGUUGAGUCUGAACACCGAAGCAGAACUCAAAGAUCAAAUAAAAAAGAGAAACUCUA